AUGAAUUCGCAGGCCCGUGAGCUUCCCUCAGCCGACCUUCCCACGCGCAAGAGAAAGCGCACCGCAUGCCAGCCAUGCAGGGAUCGUCGCGUGAAGUGCGAUAAUGGCCGCCCGAACUGCCAGGCGUGCUGCACAUUAAAACAAGCUUGCGUAUACCCCGACGAGAGCGCCUCUAAGAGCACAAGCUACGACCCUGGCUCGGUUGAGAUUUUACACCAAUUGGAAGGCAUUAGAGCCAUUUUGGACCAAGUUGCCCGAGCGCAACAUGAUUCUGGCACGGCAUCUUUAUUCAAGUCGCACUCAAUUCCUGAGUCGGUCGCCAAGUCCAACGACAGUUAUUCAACCCCAGCUGGCUACAGCCCAAGGGGUCAGGACCGCGGAAGGGAGCAUGGCAUGAGUGGCACAAAUGGCCGGUCGGCAUUAAAUGUGCCUAGUGUUAAUGCCGAGAGUCUCCUUCACUGGCCCAAGGUCAUAGAGGUCCUCGGCACACCAGUUGUGGAGAGAUCAUUUCUACUCGAAUGUACUUUGGAUAUGACUCCAGCCUCGGCACCGGAAUCCCAGCCAUCCUCAUCCCAGUAUGGAAUGCGCGAAGACGACUAUCUUCCACUUUGCCAACGCUUUCUAGAUGAGGUGCAUGUACGCAACCCUAUUCUUGAACCGAACGACCUUAAACGGUACGCCAAGGAAGUGACCGAAAAUGGGUUGAAAUGGGAUAACAAGUCGUGUCUUGUGCUUCUGGCAUGUGCUCUUAGCUGUUUUGCAGUCCAAUCACCCAAAGAAAAAGCAGAAAGAUCGGAUACAACGAAUGACACAGAAAAUGGCUUGAGAAAGGAGGGAAGCUCUUAUGCUCAAGCAAAGGUAUACUAUCAAACAGCGCAGAAGCGUAUCGGGUAUCUUGGCACUAGUUUGCUGGACAUUCAAUGCCUUUAUCUAGCAGGGAUAUAUGAGAAGCAUACUCUAGGGGUUCUCCAAGCCUGGUUCUGGAUUGAACAAGCCUGUUCUCGACUACAUGCAUACAUAUUAUGCAAAGGAAGACCAACAGGAGUGUAUGAAGAAAAUGAGCGCCGCCUUGAACAACGCCUGUACUGCUCCUGCGUCAAAGCUGAGGGGGAGUUCUCGAGUGAAAUACCGCUUGCUCGAAGCGCUCUUGUGUCGCUUGACUAUCCAGACCCAUUCCCCUCGCCACCCACACUGCCCGCAGUUUCCAGCGAAAGCCCUGACAUUGACACUCAGGAUAUUUUGUUCAGCAAAAGCCAAGAACAGAGCUGGCUAUACUAUCUGGCCGAGAUUGCGCUACGAAGAACACUAGACCGUGCAUUGCCAAUAGUGUAUUUACCCGAAGGCCCAUCAGUUUGGAUGGAGAGUAUCGAACAUAUCCUUCAACUAUCUAACCAAAUUGAUGGACAAUUGUCUGCCUGGUACGAUCACCUACCACCCGCAAUACGCCCAUCUGUAAACCCACAGAUUCAACCGAGUCACCAGCUUUCCUUUUUCAUACAAGGCCGGUUCUUAGGUGCUCGAGAGAGUAUCCUUCGGCCGUUCCUCUACUAUGCUUUGCACAAUGAAUCCCGUCCAAUGAACCAAGUCAUUUUUUCGCGUGCCAAUGAAUAUUUAAAUCUGAUAAGAGGCUUAAUUAUACACCUGAGCAAGCACGAACGCCACGGAGCACUUUGGUUUGUGCUCCGCGGAAUCUGGUCUCUGUCUAUUGUUAUCUUGACAACUGUGCAUGCUCAAAUUGACGGCCUACACACACCAACCGAUUGGCCUGAGUUAGUGAGGAUCUCUUCUGAAAUGUUGCGUGCUUGGAGCUCAGAAGCGGCUGAUAUUCGGCUGAUGUAUGAGACCCUGGUCCGUGCUCACCUGGCUAUCUGUCGUGAGGUUGGGAUAUCCGCGGAGGUCGCGGAUUAG